AUGCGCGAGGCACCACGCAUCCAUCGCCGCUCCUACCACCACCACCACUGUCUCUUUCUCCCUUUCGUUUCGUUGCUGCUGCUGUUGUGGCUGGCGCCCGCGCGGGCGUCGUCGUCGUUGUCAUCAUCAAAUUUUUACGCGUCAUCUGCAGCCCAGGAGAGCGCCAGCGGCCACAACGAUGACAGCCACAACAGCAUCAGCAGCAGCAGCGGCGGCAGUACAGAGAGCGAGAGCGGCAGCAGCAGCAGCAGCGGCAGCAGCAGCAGCAGCAGCGGCAGCAGCGGCAGCAGCAGCAGCGGCGGCAGCAGCAGCAGUAGCAGCAGCAGCAGCAGUACGGAGAGCGAGAGCGGAAGCAGCGGCAGCAGUGGCAGCAGCAG